AAUGUAUCCUUUCCACAGAUGAAACACCAAGAAAAACCAUCAGAAGAAAAUCUAACUAAAUUGAUGGAAUUCGUUCUCUUGGGCUUUACUGAUGUUCCCCAUCUUCAGUGGUUUCUUUUUGGGUUGUUUUUAGUCAUCUAUGUCAUUAUCCUGAUAAGUAAUGGCAUCAUAUUUUUAAUAACAAAACUGGAUCCUGCUCUCCAGACACCCAUGUACUAUUUCAUCAGCAAUUUUUCCUUUUUGGAAAUCUGUUAUGCGUCAGUUACUCUCCCUAGAAUGCUCAUUAAUCUUUGGACCCAGAAAAGAACAAUUUCUUUCGUUGCCUGUGCUACACAGAUGUGCUGCUUUCUUGUGCUGGCAGCCACAGAAUGUUUCCUUCUGGCUGUGAUGGCCUAUGACCGCUAUGUAGCCAUUUGUAACCCUCUGCAUUAUCCUCUAAUCAUGAAACACAAAAUGUGUAUCCAGCUGGUGGCUGGCUCCUGGAUCAGUGGAAUUCCAGUCCAGAUAGGGCAGACGUUUCAGAUUUUCUCUUUGCCUUUUUGUGGUUCUAACCUCAUCAACCACUUCUUCUGUGACAUCCCCCCAAUACUCAAGCUGGCCUGUGGGGACACCUUUGUAAAUGAAAUGAUGGUCUUCACAGUUGCUGUGUUAUUUGUCACAGUUCCAUUUCUCUUGAUCCUUGUCUCCUAUGGCAAACUCAUCUCCACCAUCCUCAAAUUGUCAUCAGCCACAAGUCGCACCAGAGCCUUUUCCACCUGCUCAUCUCAUCUUAUGGUUGUUGUGUUGUUCUUUGGAUCAGGCAUGAUUACCUAUUUAAGACCCAGGACCAGCCACUCAGCAGGAACUGACAAAGUGCUUUCUCUCUUCUACACUAUUGUGACUCCUAUGUUUAACCCCAUGAUAUACAGUCUAAGGAACAAGGAUGUUGUAAGGGCACUGAGAAAACUACUAUGUAAAUAA